GAGAGAAAAACCUAAACGAAAAAGUAAAUCAGGCCGGGUUAAGUAUAACGUUUAUGAGGAUAAUUAGGAAAUAGAUUUGCCUGGCAGAUAGAGAAAUGAAAAUAAUUGUAGUCAUAUAUAAACGACAACUUGUUUUUGUGGUACUAGGAUAAUUUCGAACACACAUUCAGCGAUGAACGGUAUGAACGGGAGACGAAUACCAUGCACCUGCCCGAACAAUUUCCAGAACAUUCUAGUCGUCGGUACUCCGAAUCAGGACCACGCGGAUAAGCAUCAGUGCAUCAAGACAAUCAAGUUCAACAGCAAGGAAUAUGAAGUUGGAGCCUACGAAACAGUCCCGGACGUUACAGCUAAAGGAGUCAUGCGAGGUGUGCGUGUCGAAGUUUCCCCGAGAGACAUUACGGCAGCCAUUAUUACACCACGAAAUCGGACGGCGAUCGCAGCCAAACGACAGGGAAACAGCACAACUGUGAUCAUUUUAUUCGACGGUUACAAGGUUCCCCCAAACGUGAAUUAUGGAGGAGUGCUCACGAGAUGCUCGUUGUACAGGAAACGAGUGUACUUUUGAAAACAGUGUAAUAGACUCGAACACACAAGAGACGUGUGCCCGAAGCCUGAGGAUAAGCUAUGUGCGGCAUGCGGCAAGACCAACCCGGAUCAAGAUCACAUAUGACAGCCCAGGUGCCAGCUGUGCGGAAUCGACCACCCCACUGGCCGUAAAAACCUGUAAUGCCAAGUUCAAGAAACCCUAUAUAGUCAAGCACCGACAAUGGCUUCAAGUAAUCCAACAAGAAGAACAGCAGCAGCAGCUUCGCUUCGCGGUCGGGCCUGCCGAGCGAGGCAGAUCCAGAGGCAGAGAAACGCCUCAGGCCAGAUCCCGAUCCAGGUCGCUGGCGAGAUCCAGGUCCAGGUCCCGGGGAAGACAGGCAAACCCGGAUACGACGCCUAAGGUGCCAAAUCUGAGGUCAAGCUUCAUUGGGAACAAGCUGAAUUUUCUGCAGGUGCAUCAGCCUGUGGAACUGUCUAAGCCAGCUCACUGAAUCGUGAAGUGACCAAUGUGUGAUAACAGAUAGCCACGAAGCAAAACUCACAAGGUGCAUUAGAAACAUUUUGUUUGUGUAAUGGCGUGUUAUUGAUUUCAUUUAUUAAAA